AUGCUGGUGCUGAACGGGCAGCGCUGUCUGUCCUGGCAGGCGUUUCUCGUGCCGGGAAAGACGUUCGUGUUUCCCCAGGCUGGGACGUACGUCUUCGAUGGUGGCAAUGGUAGAGACAGAGACAGGCCAGGAAUCAACCUGUACCUGCAGCACCUGUGCUGCUCGUCCCUAGGCGCGGGUCUGAGGCGGGGCGCCAACGUCAGGGUGCAUAACGUGCAUCCAGUGUACGCUGGGGCCACGCUGAUUGGUCUGGGGGCUUGCCUUCGGACGACCGUGCAGCCUUCGGGUUUGGUCACCGCUGGGCAAUUGUCUAGGUCGCGAUCAAGUCAAAGAAUGGCUGGGGGAGGCGGGUCGGGGAGUGGUGGUGAGAAGAUGGGCGGAACAGACACAGCGGCAGCGGGGGCAGACGUACUGACAUGGGGGGUGUCGAUGGCCGCGACGUGGGAAGAGAGGGUGUGUCGGUGGGUGUUCGGACAAGAUAUGAGGGCGAUGAGACUGCGUAAGAGGGACGUUUACGCGGAGUUUUUGAACCACCCGCCUGGCGUUUGCGGCAUCAUAGAUCCGGUAGAUCUCGUAGAUCUCGUAGGCCCGGCCCAGGACAGCAGUGGCUGCGGCUCGUGCCGGAGGAACAUGCCAACCAAACGUGACCAGGAAGAAGAGAGACCCAAGACACCCAAGAGGGGGUUUUACCGAGAAGGGGGCUACGAGGGGGGAUACAGUGGUUCCACGUCGGCGGAAGACGGGAGCGAUGGAGAGGCACAUAUCCUUUCAGAUGACGACAUGUUGAUUCAACGCGCCGACGAAGGCUGGCAUGGCGACUCUCAUGAAGACGAAAUUUGCAGCGGUGGCGCGAAUGGGCACUGCUCUCGCCCGAGCUGCUGUUGUUCUUGCUCGUCCUGUCGACCUUCUCCCGAAGAAGUCCUGCGCGCCGCCGCGAGACCUCUUUCAGAAUCCCUUGAGUGGCGGUGGCGGUGGCGAGAGCCACGCCCGUUCAACAGGAGGAAAGACUGCCAUGGCACGAACAUCAGCAGCAGGAGCGAUGAAGAACGCCACUUUCACGCGGUGGAGAGCCGGAAGCAACCGAGCGGUGAGAAAAGCAUCCACGGCGUCCCUUCGCUGAGGCCAAGUUCUAAGGAUAACUCCUCUGCGUCUCCGAGGGCUCGGGGUGGAAGCGACGCGGCAACCAACAGUUCGCUGGCAUCAAACCAAGCGUGCCUGUGGCUUGAAGACCGAACGGCGUGGGCCAGAGUCGUGCUAUUGGCUGCGCCGCGACCCUCCAGCCCGAGCGGGGCGACGGGUGCGGUGGGUUGCGCACAUGCGAGUACACGUGUGGUCGAUGUUGCGGUCGGGCCGGAGUUGGCGGAGGUGGUAUCUGGAGCGGAUAGACACAGCGACGAUUUUGACGGUGACAGCCAACGAGGAGGUCAAACGGGUUGCGAUCAAGGUCAUCCUGGGCGGGGGGACGCUGGAGUCUCUGCCGAUGCAACCCUUGCUCUCGUCCGAAAGUAUGCCGUCUGCACGGAGGUUGUUGUGCUCGGCCCCACGGGGUCGCCGAGAUCAACAAAGGCAUCAGCCACAAUUUCGGCACUAAAAGACCCAUCAUCAUUAGCAGGGGCGGCUUCAUCAGGACCACCCGCAACAACUGCGAAAUCAUCAGUCGCUGAAGGCGGAGUACCAACAUCUACCUCCUCCAGCAAGAAGACUGCAUCGCCAUCACCAACUCAUUCAAGCCCGAGCGGCGGUGGGGGCGGUGGGGUCGGUGGCGGCGGUGGUGCCUCUUCGUACCCCCGAUAUGGGUUUCGACCACCCCGCACUACCAGCAGCCCAGGCGACACAGCCGAGGGGGUUGGGUAUACAAUCCCGUGCGAAACGGUUAGGGCCGUUGAUGGGGUUAGGUUUCUGAUGCGGAGCUACCUCGUGGUGGAGGCGAAAGACGUGUCGUUGUUGCCCAGGUCGAGCAACGGCAAGAACAGCAGAACGAGUGGCAACAAAAGCAGCAGCGGCAGCGGCGGCAAGAGUGCUAGCGGCGGAAUCGAAAGGAACAAGCGAGACGAAGCGACAAACCAACGACACUGCCUCGACUACGUCAAUGCCGCUGCUGGGACAAACCUCGGGUUUGAGCACCAGCAUCAUGGAGCGACUUCGGGAGAAGACGAGCAAACAGCUUUGUCAGGCACCACAGGCAAGCAGAAGGAGCGAGAUUUAUCCCCGCGUAGACCAUUAGUGCCACGGAUUCUCUCUGUGAGCGAGGCUCUUAUCGUCCAGCUAGCUGCGGCCGGUGCGUCCUCCUCAGCGACCGAUAGCUCCGGCGGUGUGGGCGAUAGGAGAGGUAGGCGAGGAGGCGGGGGCCCGGGGGGACCAAAACUCGCCUCCGGGCACGAGCGAGAGUCGAUGGUGGUGAGGGGUCUCCUACGAGAUGUAGGCUUUCGCACCGUUGCUGAUGGAGGAGGAGACGGACGUCGACGACAGAAGGCCCUCCCCGCGGCGGUGACUGCUGUCAAGGGCCAAGGCCACGGCAUCAAAGGUGGGACGGAACGAUGCCAAGAAGGGUGCCACACGCAGAGCAACAGGGUGUGA